AUGCAUAUUCUGACAGCGGUUGACCGUUUCACACGAUGGCCGAUUGCCGUUCCCGUCUCGGAUACCUCGGCAGAAAAUAUCGCCAUGGUUUUUCUGACGCACUGGAUUUCAACUUUUGGUGUUCGAGCCAAUUUUACUACUGACCGCGGGAGUCAAUUCCAAUCUGGCCUCUUCCGUGAGUUCACUAAACUGCUCGGGUGUGCGCACAUCACAACCACGGCAUACCACCCUGCCGCCAACGGCCUCGUGCAGCGUCUACACCGCCAACUCAAAUCCGCACUGAUGUCCCAGACAGCAUCAGCUUCUUGGAGUGACAAUCGCUCUCUUGUGCUUUUGGACAUCCGAUCUUCUGUCAAGGAGGAUAUCCAAUACACUACCGCCGAACUUGUGUACGGUACACCCAUCCGUCUGCCCGGCGAAUUUGCGCAGUCUUCCACGACAAACACCGACAUCCCGAGCGCCUUCGUACAGCAGUUGAAACAACGCAUGGCUCAACUGCGUCCAACCCCCAUUCUUCUGACAUUGAAACGUGUGUUUGUGCAUGAGGACCUUAAAUUUUCUCCAUUCGUUUUCGUCCGGCAUGACGCGGUUGGCAAGUCUCUUUGUUCCCCAUAUGAUGACCCAUAUGAGGUUCUUCAGCGGAUGGACAAGUAUUACAUCAUUCAGAAGGCUCACAAAACUGACAGUCUCCAUUGA